CUGAAUGGGAAGCAACGGUCAAUCUUUUGUCCUUUAGCAGGUGCUGAGAAAUUGAGGGACCAAGGAUGUUUGGAAUUUGGCUACUACAGUCACGAGAAAUUUUUCUAAACCUUCAAUUUUCUGCCAACAACUUAUAUAUCUCUUUCUUCUCUCUCUCUCUCUUAUCCUCCAUGGUUUGUUUCUCUUUUUCUUCAAGAAAAAUUGUACAGGUCUAAAAGCUCCAUGGCUUCUAGUUCUUCCUUUUCUUGCUCACCUUUAUCUCAUGAUUAUGAGAAACCUGACCUUGAAUCCAUAGAAGCACUUGUACUUGCAAUAAAUGGAUACUUUCUUGAGUUCUUAGCGGAUGCUAGAUUAUGGAAUGCUUUGAAAUCCCAGUGCAUUUCCAAGCUAAAUAUUAGAAAGCAGGAGUUUUUUGAAUUCUCUGAACAUUCAGUCCUCUCAAAUCUUUACUGGGGCAUUCAAAACGUUGAAGCUGCAAUACAGGCAAAUUGCACAGAAGAGAAAACUGCUCGGUUAAUGAACUCAGAAAGAAUGCUUCAGGCCCCAGCAUUGCUCGAUGAACAUGGAGUUACAGCUGGAAUUCAAAACCAUUAUUUGGUUUGCUGUUCAUAUUUUUACCUCUCAGCAGUUAGGAAGCUCCAAAAUGAUGAGUGGCAGGUUGCCCUGCAUUUUCUGCAAGCAAUUUUAGUCUCUCCAAGACUUGUUCGAACCGAACUUGCGCCAGAACUUUGUUCAACUCUAUUUCCUUCAAGCAUUGAUUUGGAAAUGGAGAUCAUGGGCGGGAAGAAUGAUAAAGAAUCUGUCACAAAUUUUCUUAAUGAGGUCAAUAUCAAUGAUGCAAUCAGGAAGAUUACAAGGAGAUAUAAACACUGGCUAAUGUAUUAUCAGAUCAUGUUACAUGGAGCAACUCAGUGGCACUGCAGUAGCAGAAGUACUUCAUCCUAUAAUGGCGAAUUGCAGCGUUUUCGGCAAGUGACCAAGAACUGUAACUCCUCAAAUUCAAUUGAGGAAGGACACUUCUUGCAAAAAUACAAGGAUGAGAAAGUGCAUCCACUUGAUCCUCAAGAAUAUACAGCUGAUAAUAAUGACCAACCUAAGACAUGCAUGAAAAUUGAAGAACCUAAUGAUGAUAACAAAUCUAUUCAUUUGGAGCAUGUUGCAAAGUUAAAAAUUGACACUCAAAAGUCCACAAGCAUCAAAUACCUCCAGGAAGUAUUAUUGGAAUCCCAAUCAGAUACACCAACGUCUGCAAAUUCAAGCUGCAGUUAUUACCUGGAAGAAGAUGAUGUGGAGGUAAAUUUCGAUGGAAGUACAAGCUCAAUAAGAACUACAGGUGAAGAUGAUCUGCAGGCAGAAGUUUGUGAACAGACACCACAGGCUUCUUGCUUCACAUUAGACCAAACAUGCACAAUGAUGGUUUUUCCACAUGCUUCUCAACAAAAAGUGCAGGAAGUUGAUCCAGUAAAUAUUAGUAGAUUCUCUUCUGGCAGAUUCCCAAGUUCUACCAGUGAUUUUGAUUCAUCCAUAUUGGAACUUAGAAAUAGAAAGUCAGGCACCCACCGGGAUUCCAAUGUUGAGAACAAUUCAGCUCGGAGGCUAUCAUGGAUACACAAAAACCAAGUGACUGAUCAAGUAGCAACUGCAACACUGCAGAAUAUUAGGCUUGUGCAGAGUGAUGACCACAGCCAAAUUAACUUGAAUGGAUUUUGUCAGCUUUCAGGAAAGGAUUCCAACAAUGAGUUAUUGGCAAUAUUUGAAAAAGCUGUUUCAAGGCUAUGCUUCCCAGAAGGAUUAGCUAAAUGUGAAGAAGAAUAUGCUAUAGAAGUUACAGCAAUUUAUGAAAUGUUAGAUAGCAAAAAAGGAAUGAAAUAUACAAUUUUAAAGGAUGUUAUACUGGAUCAGCUGCUAACUGCUAUAUCAACUUCUAAAGAGGAAAAUGUCAUUAGGGCAUCAAUAUCUAUUCUUACAACUAUUGCAUCACUAAACAAGUCAGCUAUAGAAGAUAUCAAGAAGAAGGGUUUGAGGCUAUGUGAUUUGGCAACAGCUCUAAAGCAAAAUGUGCAUGAGGCAGCUAUUCUUAUCUACCUGAUAAAUCCACCACCAUUAGAAAUAAAGACAUUAGAACUUCUGCCAGAAUUAAUGGAGAUUGUGCGCAUUUCAAAUAGCUACAAAGUAAAACCAGCUUCGGAACUGUUGACACCUCCUGCAGCAUCAUUGAUGAUUAUUGAAAUACUAGUAACUGCAUUUGACUGUGCUACUAAUAACAUGCACUUGGCCGCAAUCAACUCUCCCCGAAUUCUUAGUAGGAUCCUAGAUGUUGCUAGAGAGAAUAAUUUGGAAGAGUGCAUCUCUAUGGCCAACAUUUUGAUAAAAUGCAUGCAGUUUGAUGGACAAUGCAGAAAACACAUAUCAAAACUUACUCCUGUGGCUCCAUUUAAGCGUCUCUUACAAAGUAAUGCAAAGCGUGCCAAGUUCACAGCUCUUCAGUUUUUCCAUGAAAUCCUUUGUAUGCCAAGGUCAUCAGCCAUUAGCCUGUUGCAGCUGAUACGUAAAGAAGGAAGUGAUGAGAUUAUGAACUUGUUGUUGCAGUGUGUCCAACAACUUCAACCUAAUUACCAACUUCUGGCUGCAAAUUUGUUACUGCAACUAGAUGUUCUGGAACAUUCAUCUGGUAGAAAUAUGUUCAUGGAAGAGGCCAUGCAAAUCAUCCUCAAGUCAGUAGAAUCCGAAGAAAACUCUACUUUGCAGCAACUAUCUACUUUCAUUCUGGCAAACGUUGGAGGAACUUAUACUUGGGCAGGGGAACCAUACACUGUGGCGUUGCUGGUGAAAAAGGCAGGUGUGACUUCCUUGCAUCAUCGGAAUAUGAUGAAAAAUUUUGACUGGUCAGACCAAAGCCUGCAGGAUGCAGGAAUUGACUCAUGGUGUAGCAAGAUUGCAAAGGGCAUCUUUGGUAUUGGGAAACCUGUCUUCCUUGCUUUAGAUAAAGGGAUAAGAAGUAAGAUCAAGAGGGUCUCUCGGAAUUCUCUUACUGCCAUUACAUGGAUUGGAUGUGAAAUUUCCAAGUAUCCAAACAGCCUAAGAAAUUCUGCAUGUGAAAUACUGCUUAAUGGGAUAGAGCAAUUUCUCCACCCAGGAGCAGCACUUGAAGAAAGACUUCUAGCCUGCCUGUGCAUUUAUAACUACACUUCAGGCAAAGGGAUGCAGAGACUAAUCCAUUUCUCAGAAGGAGUAAGGGAGUCCCUACGACGUUUUUCAAGUGUAACAUGGAUGGCUGAGGAACUACAUAGAGUAGCAGACUUUUAUUUGCCCAACAAAUCUCGUAUAUCUUGUGUACAUACACAAAUUUUAGAGGCAAAGCACAACACCAGUGGAUCAGUAACUGCUCUUAUCUACUACAGGGGACUGCUUUACAGUGGCUAUUCUGAUGGUUCUAUUAAGGUGUGGGACAUCAAGCAGCAGUCAGCCACUCUAGUAUGGGACCUGAAAGAGCACAAAAAGGCAGUGACAUGUUUUUCACUCUUUGAACCUGGGGAAAGCCUUCUAAGUGGAUCUUCUGAUAAGACAAUAAGGGUUUGGCAAAUGGUAAAUGGAAAAUUGGAAUGCAUUGAAGUUAUAGGAGUUAAAGAAUCAAUUCAAAAGAUGGAAACAUAUGGCCAAAUGAUUUUUGUUAUCACCCAAAGCCAUGGGAUGAAGGUUUUUGAUUCAUCCAGAAUAGUAAGAGAGAUAGGCAAGAAAAAGAAGGUGAAAUGCAUGAGUGCAAUCCAGGGAAAGCUUUACGUAGGCUGCAUGGAUUCAAGCAUACAGGAAUUAACCAUUGCAAACAAUAGGGAGAGAGAGAUCAAGCCACCAAUACAGAGUUGGAUGAUGCAAAACAAACCCAUCAAUUCUAUUGCUCUGCACAAAGAUUGGCUUUACAGUGCAAGUUCAAUCGUGGAGGGUUCAAAAGUUAAGGAAUGGAGAACACAUUGCAAGCCGCAAAUGUCAAUAGUAACAGGGAAAGGCAGAAAUAUAUUAGCAAUGGAAGUAGUAGAAGACUUUCUAUACUUGAAUUGCAGCUCAUCAACUAGCACUCUUCAGAUAUGGCUGAGAGGGACACAGCAGAAUGUGGGAAGGAUAUCCGCAGGCAGCAGAAUUACAAGCCUCCUCACUGCCAACGACAUUGUUAUCUGUGGUACAGAGAAAGGAUUAAUCAAGGGAUGGAUACCACUGUAAAGGCAGAAGUUUCAUGUGAAGUGGGCUUGAAUUUCCAGUAAUGGUGUUUGGUGUGAGAUUUAAAUUUCAUGUAAAUAUAUAGCCAAUAUCAUAUGUUUUUGCAAAAAUAUAGUUUUGUUAUUUGUAUAUUAUAGUUCAAUAACAAACCUGGUGGUUAAUAAAUUUAUAGUCCUCCCAGCUUUUUUUUCCUUUAA